CAAGAACCACCGACGUGGUGUUGGGGUCAGAUCUGAGCUGGGUUACACUUUCAUGUUCCGGUCCACGUGGCAUGCUGUACCCAGCCCGGCCGCAGGGGGCGCCCUCCCUGCUCAGCGCGGAGAAUUGUGGGUCGGAGGACACAGCAGCGGGGCAUCUUCAUCAUCACUGCGGGCCGGACCGGGACGUAAGCUGGCAGCUGUUUUUCCGCACUGAAGUGCAUGAUCAUCAGCGCCAGAGAUGGGACACGGAGACCUCAUGAGCCAGGCGGAGGAUGUGGCGGACCAGGUUCAGUCUGUUAGUACAGUGAGCUCACAGCAUGAUGUCACUAAAAAUGCUCCAGAAGGCUCCAACAGCACAAACACGAUGCAGAGGUCCAGUACAGGUGACCCUACCAGCUGCAGCCACCUGUGUCACCAUCCAGCUGUCAAUCAAAGAGGCCACGCCCCUAAUUAUUAUGAAUGGUUCCUGCGGGUGACCAAACACUACCUCCCCCACGUGGCCCGCCUCUGCCUGGUCAGCACCUUCCUCGAGGACGGCAUCAGGAUGUGGCUCCAGUGGAGCGAGCAGAGCGAGUACAUCGACUCCACCUGGAGCUGUGGCCUCUUCAUCGCCAACCUCUUUGUCCUCAUCAACCUGCUGGGACAGCUGGGCUGCUGCGUGUUGAUCCUCAGCAGGAACUUUGUUCAGCACGCCUGCGGCGCUCUGUUUGGGAUCAUCGCCCUGCAGAUGGUGGCUUACAGCAUCCUGUGGGACCUCAAGUUCCUCAUGAGGAACCUGGCGCUGGGCGGGGGCCUCCUCCUCCUCCUGGCGGAGUGCAGGGGGGAGGCGCGCAGCGUGUUCGCCGGAGUUCCUUCCCUCGGACAUCAGAGCUCGCCGAAGCACCUCCUGCAGCUGGGAGGUCGCGUCCUCCUCGUCCUCAUGUUCAUGACGCUGCUGCACUUUGACCUCAGCCUGCUCACCUUCCUGCAGAAUGUGGUGGGGACGGCGCUCAUGGUCCUGGUGGCGGUGGGCUUUAAGACGAAGCUGGCGGCGCUCACGCUGGUGGCGUGGCUGCUCUGCAUCAACUUCACCAUCAACGCCUUCUGGAGCGUGCCGUCCUACAAGCCCAUGCACGACUUCCUGAAGUACGACUUCUUCCAGACCACCUCGGUGAUCGGCGGCCUGCUGCUGGUGGUGGCGCUGGGGCCCGGGGGCGUCUCCAUGGACGAGAAGAAGAAGGAGUGGUGAGGAGGAGGAGGAGGAGGCGCGCCUUUGCCUCUUCUAUUAAUUUUAGUUUUUUACACUCUGAGCGACCAAUCAGAGCUCGUCUUUGUGUCACGUGAUGUUUGUCACACGCUGGCUGUGAUGUUUCACACUUUACUCAGAGUGAUUUUAGAGGAGGCAAGGGAGCGCCUCCACCUCCAUCCUGCUGCACCACCCAAUGACCACCACCCGCCUCCCCGAGGCACAGCUGCUGCGUUAUCCAAUCCAUGCUUUUGUAGGCAGUCUUUGCUGUUUUCAGCCUGUUCGAUGUGACGAUUUGGACACAACGACGUCACUCGUUAAUGUUUUUAGUAACGAGCUGGACAAACGACCGCCGGCGAACGCUCCGGGAUGUUUUCCUUAUUCAUGAAUCCGUUUGUAGGCGGAGACUGAAACGGGAGAAAAAUAGAAGCAGAAUCAUUUUGUGAGUGUUUGCAGCUCUGAGGCGAUAAACCCACCUGAGCAGGUGAGCGAUCACAGCUUUAGUACAGAGAGGGGAGGCUGUAGUGACCCGUGGUGUCCUGCAGGAGGCGCUGUUUCCUCACAGUGUGCUUCGUCUCCUCUCUGUACGACGUCCUCAGCCUGUUUGUGUCUGUGUGAGUCUGAACUCUUUUUCUAUCGUGUUUUUGUAGGAGUUUAAUAAAUCGUGCAGCAUUAA